CCAUAAAAAGGGUGAUAGCUAAAACUUUUGAACAAACUGAUCUGUUUAACACAGUAAAGAGCAGCACACAACUCUGCAUCACUUGGAACUGAAGAAUAUGUUCUUAACAUGGCAUCAGAUGGGAUAUAUUAAUCACAACUGAAUUACAAACUACCAGAGUGAUUUUGCAACGUAUGGAUCCCACCACAAUAUUGGACGGUAAUAACACGGCUCCUCACAGCAAUGGCACCAGCAGAGAAUACCAGAUCCAAGAGAUCAUCAGAUGGAUCACAUUUGCUGUUGGGCUUCCAGGAAUCGGCGUCUCUAUCUACCUCAUGGGCAUGCUGGCAAAAACUGGAAAGGCUGCUCCUGUCUACCUCAUCAGCCUGCUCGCAUCCGACAUCUUUAACAUCCUUGGACGGCCGAAGGCAUCUGCGGAUGACACCAAGAAUACCAGUUUGCAGAAUAUGGAUAUAUCCUCCUUGAUUUUCUACUUCGGCAUUAUUUCCAACAUUGUGUUCAUGGUCUGCGUUGCUCAGGAGCGAUAUCUGUUGGUAACCUGUCCACAAUAUAAUGCAUUCUGCAUGAAAAUCAAGCAGUCGAGCAUGAUUUCAUUGGCUGUGUGGGCAGCUCCAGCUGCAAUACUCUUCCUUGCUUACCAAGGAUAUUUCGUCUUGUUUUCCAUAGCACUUCUUCUCCCACUACCACUCCUAGUGUUUUUCUUUCUGGAUUCUUUCAGAGUCAUAUGGUGUACAAAAUGGCGAGCACCUGUGACUGACAGAAACAAGAUUCUGGGUAUGCAGGUGGCCAUCUUGAGUAAUUACAGCAUGAUUUACCUCCCCUUUGUCCUAAAUACACUGUUCAAGGCAUUGUCUCUAAGCUCCUAUGUUUACUACUUGGGACUUGUAGCUGAUCUUCUUCUCCAUUUUGGCCCACUUGUGGACCCAUUCCUCUCAAUCCUUCUUACCAAUGGAAUUGGUGACAUUUUGAAAGCCUUUCCCUGCUGUGCGAGGAUAAAGACACAGGAGGAUGUGGAGAUCGUGAAUACAGACACUGUAGAAACAGUUUCUGGUACGUUAACUAUGCUCUGA